AUUUCUUUCUUUGCAAGAAGUGAAAAAUGAAGGUUUGCAUUUUGCUUGUUUUAGGAGUGAUCGCAUGCAAUUUAGGUGUCAGCAAUAGCUUUAAAAUGAUCAGAUAUUUGGAUGACGAUUGUAGACUUCCCGAACGGUUUAGAAGAAUUACUUGGAAUUGUAUAGAGGAUAAUUCGCCCUCAGAUGAAAGAGAUAAAUAUAAAGGUGUGGCCCAAUGCUUUAAUGUAGAUAGUUUUGUUGACGUCAUGAAUAGAAUGUGUGGAAAAACAGAAAAUGAGUAUAUGGCAAUGAUAGUACCGCAUGAGGCCUGUUUGAAUAAUUUGAACGUGGAUGACUCAGAUGAACCCUCUGUAGAUUUAGCUGUGGUAGUUGAAUGUGUCAGAAACAAACUUGACUAGAAAAAGCAUUAACGUAGUCAUCUAUGAUUAUUCGUCGCUGAUUAUUUUACCCAUGAAUUUUUUCAAAUUGAAUAUGUGUAAUUAAUUCUUACAAAAUUUAACUAUAUUUUUUCGAAAUGUUGAAUUUUAAUAUCUUAAAAUUAACCUGAAAUAAACAUCAUCGUUCAUUCAAAACCGAUAGAAUUAUUGCAAAACUAAUAUUAUAUGGUUAUACGGUUAUUAAUGAAAAAUUAGAUUGAUUCUACUUUCCAUGUUUGUAUCAUAAAUGUGAAACAUAAACAUAAAAAGUUAUCAUUAAUCUACGAUUUAAAUCGGGAUAAUUAAUAAUUAAUCGUGGCAAUAACAACGAGAAGAUUAGUUUAUCAAAAUGAAAAAAGAAAAUGAUUUUUAGCAUUGCGUAAUGCAAUUAUUUCUGAAACUGAAAUCCAUAUCAAAAGAAACUUCAUAGUUCUAUUGACUAAGUAGAAAUUUUGUGCUCUGUCAAGUCUAUUGAUUUUUUCUAGAAAACAAAGCAACAGAUGAAUUACUAUUGUAACUAACAAUUUUAUGCAACUUGGACUGCAUACUGUCGCGUGUCUACUAAAAUAAUUGCAAACACUACCUAUUUUCAUUUCUUUUACAAGAAAAAAAAAUUUUCGUACUUUCUUUUCUUAAUAUUUUUAAUGUUAUUACUAUAAUAUAUUUUAGAAAUUUGUAUCUUGAACCCUUAAUAUAAUUGCAACUAGGAAAUGUUUUUUUGCAGUUGUUUUCGGAGAAAAAUGAAAGGUUACUGUUCUGAUUGCUUUGCACAGAAAAUUUUUCAAUACAAUUUCAAGAUAUUUGUGAGGAGCCAAGGGCAUAGAACUGUUUAACACUAACUCUACGUCACUUACGUGGCACGCAAUUGUUUGAUUGGUUCACUUUUUCAACGGAUGACUUCCUAAGAAGUUUAUAAAUGAAAAGGUGUUCGUAAGAACCCUGGAAGUUGUUUUUUCCUGACACCAGAUAGUCAAAUACGGGGACUAUCCACAUUCGCGAGGAAUUUCGAGUGGGAGGGACGUGAAUAAGUGGAGUGGACGAAGGAUUUAGUCAUUAAGGAGACCAUCUUAUAAACAAAAUAUUUAAUAAAACAAAAUAAAAUAACAAAAGGAUUACAAGUUUAGAGCUCCUAACUCGCGAGAGAGAGAGAGAGAGAGUUUACAUUCACAAGAAAUUAUACUACCUCGAACUUAUGUAAUGUUCGUAGUCGUAGUCUUCUAAAAUGUGGAUCGGAAAAUUAAUCCCCUAUGCGCCUCUAAUUGUUUUCUAUAUGGAAUCUUCGAUAUCAUGGGAGGCGAUCUUUAACGGAGAUCGACGCUUAUAUGGCUAGUUCUUCUCUUCAGGGAACUCCGCAUUUGUUAUGUGGCACGUCUUACAUCGGGGAACUGCGCGUAAUUUAUAUGGUAAUCUUCUUCUAUGGACUACCCGGAAUGGAGAGAAAAAGCCCCUAUUUAUAGGCGGCUCUCCAGGCGGCAUGUCAAUGCAUCACUCAAGUCGACCGUCUAAAAGGAAGUUCAAUUUCCCUUCU